GAAGGACAGCUUUAGCGCUCUAUCAGACAGAUUACUUUAACCGAGAAUAAACCGUAGCAGGUCAGCGAUGAGCACUAUGAUUACACGGUUAUAAUAAGUUUUUGGGGAAAAGUGAAAACGUAAUUUGUGGAAUGAUGAUACGAACUUUCGGUACCGGAUCUGUGUGCGCCCUUUUAUUGUCACAGGGAUCAAAGUAUGCAACGUGCAGAGCUGCACACCUCCACAACGGCUCAUUUGAUGUGGCUAUUGUUGGUGGAGGGAUUGUUGGACUGGCCUCUGCCAGAGAGUUGAUCCUCAGGCACCCAAACCUCACCUUUACCCUGCUGGAGAAAGAAAAUGAGCUUGCUCUCCAUCAGACAGGCCAUAACAGUGGUGUGAUCCACUCUGGGAUUUACUACACACCAGGCUCUCUGAAGGCUAAGCUUUGUGUUCGUGGAGCCAUGCUAACAUAUCAGUACUGUCAGAAGAAAGGUGUGCCUUAUAAGAAAUGCGGCAAGCUUAUCGUAGCUGUGGAGAGAGAAGAGAUUCCCCGUCUGAAAGCUCUAUAUGAGCGCGGUCAGGUGAACAAUGUACCAGAUCUCCGUCUGAUUGACGCCAAGGCCAUCCGAGAGAAAGAGCCAUACUGCAGGGGCAUCAUGGCAUUGGACUCUCCCAACACAGGGAUUGUUGACUGGCGGAUAGUAGCUCUGACCUACGGUAAGGACUUCCAGGAAGCAGGUGGCACUGUGAUUACUGACUUUGAAGCAUCUGACAUUAAGGUGGCAGCAGAAAGCCCAGCUGGGAGUGCUGAAGGGCUGAAAUAUCCCAUCAUCAUCAAAAGCUCACAGGGGAAGGAGGUGAGGUGUCGGUUUGUGUUGACGUGUGGAGGCCUUUACUCUGAUCGGUUGUCUGAGAUAUCUGGCUGUGGUUCAGAGCCCCGUAUCGUUCCCUUCAGAGGAGAUUACCUGGUGCUCAAGCCAGAGAAAAACUACCUGGUCAAGGGAAACAUCUACCCUGUGCCAAACCCACGGUUCCCAUUUCUUGGAUUCCAUUUCACUCCUCGUAUGGAUGGCAGCAUCUGGCUUGGACCAAAUGCUGUUUUGGCUUUUAAACGAGAGGGGUAUAGUCUCUUUGACUUCGACACGCAAGACUUCGUUAAUGCGAUCUCCUACAGGGGUCUGCAGAGGCUGGUAAUGAAGAAUAUUGUGUAUGGAAUGGGGGAAAUAUAUAGAGGUGUGUUUACCAGUGCUCAGGUAAAGAACCUGCAGAAGUUUAUACCUGAACUGAGCACUAGUGACGUCCUCAGGGGGCCAUCAGGUGUGCGUGCACUGGCUUUGGAUGCUGAAGGAAACCUGGUGGAUGAUUUUGUGUUUGACGGUGGGAAGGGAGAGCUGGGCAGCCGGAUUCUCCACAUACGCAAUGCACCGUCACCUGCUGCGAGCUCCUCCAUGGCGAUCGCUGAGAUGAUUGCAGAUGAGCUAGAGAAAAGAUUUCAACUGUAGACAUACCUCAGAUGACAUUGCCAUAACCUUGAUUACACUCUUACACUUAAAUUCAGAGUAUAAAAGAAUAAUUAUAGAAUGAAUUUUACUUUUAUAGUAGUGUGGAACAGUAAUAAUGUGAUAUUUCUGGUGCUCUUUUGAAAGUAAUGCAGAUUUUAGAAAAUGUUGGGUAACGGUUAUUAUGUCUUUGUAAAUCUGAUUAUUCAUGAGGAAAAAGAACUGCCUUAAAGUAAUUUACAAAGGUAGUUGCCUCUUAAAAGAAUGCGUUCACUCUAUAUUUGAAUUUGUAAAAAUAAAGCAUGAAAACUCUUUUUAA